AUGGGCACCCUAGCUCCGCCGGCGCCGGACCACCUCAAAAAAUCAGCCAAAGUGGUGGUAGUAAUGGUUCCAUUUCCAGCCCAAGGCCAUCUCAACCAACUCCUCCACCUCUCCCGCCUUAUAUCCGCCGCCGGCCUCCCUGUCCACUACCUCACCACCAUCUCCCACAGCCGCCAAGCCAAGCUCCGUGUUCAUGGCUGGGACCCACUCACUGUAAAAAACGUCCAUUUUCAUGAAUUAUUCAUCCCUCCAUUCUCUUCCCCACCUCCAAACCCUAAUAAUAACGAAAACUUCCCCACCCAUCUCCAACCUGUUUUCAACGCCUCCAUUCUCCUUCGCCAACCUAUCUCCGACAUUCUCCGAACCCUCUCGUAUCAAUUCAAACGAGUUGUAAUAAUCCAUGACUCACUCAUGUCUUACGUUGUUCAAGAUUUCAGUUCACUACCAAAUGCUGAAUCAUACUCUUUCCAUAGCGUUUCUGCUUGCACUCUCUUCUUUUUCAUGUGGGAAAGAAUGGGAAAGCCAUUUGGGAUUGAUCCUGAAUCCGAGUUCUUAAAAGGGUUGCCGUCUAUUGACGGCUGUUUCUCGUCGGAGUUCAUCAAGUUUGUGAACUCCCAACACGAAUUCACUACGUUGAGUGCUGGAAAAAUCUAUAACACCAGCCAUGUCAUUGAAAAACCGUUUAUUGAGUUCCUUGCUAGAGAAGAAAUCGGGAAAGGAAAAAAACAAUUUGCACUUGGACCUUUCAACCCUAUUAUAGUUCAAACGACUAAGCAACAAAAUUGUUUUUCCCGACAUAAAAGCUUGAUAUGGUUAGACAAACAGGGUCCCAACUCGGUUCUAUACAUCUCAUUCGGCACCACCACAUCCUUCAGCCAUGAUCAGAUUAAGGAGAUUGCCAAAGGACUUGAGAAAAGCGAACAAAAGUUCAUUUGGGUUGCCAGAGAAGCGGAUAGAGGCGAUAUAUUCAAAACCCAAGAAGAAGACUCGGUGAAGAUGGUGUUCCCGGAGGAGUUUGAAACUAGGGUUUUGAAAGCGGGAAAUGGGAUGAUAUUGAGAGAUUGGGCUCCCCAACUGGAAAUUUUGCGCCACCCGGCAACCGGAGGGUUCUUAAGCCAUUGCGGGUGGAAUUCUUGCAUGGAAAGUAUUUCCAUGGGAGUACCUAUAGUGGCAUGGCCGGUUCAUUCGGAUCAGCCGAGGAAUGCUUUCUUGGUUUCGAAGAUUCUUGAAAUUGGAUUAGUUGUGAGAGAUUGGGGCAAGAGAAAGGAAUUGGUGACUUGGGACAUGGUCAAGAAAUCGGUGAAAAGACUGAUGGCAUCCAAGGAGGGUGACCAGAUUAGGAGGAGGGCGGCGGAGCUAGGAGACAAUCUCCGGCAAUCAGUGGUGGCGGAAGGUGGUACGGGGAAAAUCCAGUUUGAAUCUUUCUUCAACCAUAUCACAAGAAAUAAUCUUAAUUAG